AUGAACAGAAGUGCAAGCUCGAGCCCACGCGCAUCUUGGACACCAUCGCCAAGCGAACCUACCGGAUACCAAUAUACGCCCGAAGCAACGCCUUCGGAGACCGAUGACACUCCUCCUUUGCAUGCAGUAAACGUCGCACCAAGAUGGAACGAGUCGAAAACAACCAUAUGGAAGGUGACUGCCACGUUUUGGUGUGCAUUUGUGAUGGGGUCCAAUGAUGCUGCAUAUGGAGCAAUCAUUCCCUAUCUAGAGGCUUACUAUCAGAAAAGCUACACGGUCGUUUCCCUAGUGUUCCUUUCGCCUUUUGUGGGAUAUACUGUGUCCGCUAUCCUGAGCAACCUAGUUCAUCAGACCCUCGGCAGACGAGGAAUCACAAUAAUUGCUCCGACUUGCCAUGCGAUUGCAUUUGCAGUCAUAUCAGUCCACCCACCCUUUCCUGUACUGGUGAUUAUGUAUGUUCUGGUUGGCUUGGGGAGCGGAUUUCACAAUGCGGCAUGGAAUGUAUGGAUCGGGAACAUGGCGAACUCGCAUGAAGUGCUCGGUUUCUUCCAUGGAUUUUAUGGCGUGGGAGCUACAAUAAGCCCCCUGGUUGCUACGACCCUAAUUAUCAAAGCCGGAUGGGGAAUGACCGGAGCAGCUGUUAUAGCGCUAACUUACUCUACUGCCGCCUUUUGGGCUGAAACUGGGAGCAGAUACCAAGAAGAGAAUCCCAGUUUCCCUGGCAGAGGAGGAGCAUUCUCUCAAACACGUCUUGCCCUUACAUAUAAGGUCACCUGGAUAUGCGCCAUCUUCCUCUUCCUCUAUGGCGGAAUCGAGGUAGCAAUAGGUGGUUGGAUUGUUGUAUUCAUGACGAAUGUCCGACACGGCGACCCAUUUGAUUCCGGAAUGGCAGAGACCGGCUUCUGGCUCGGCAUCACAGUCGGUCGAUUCGUGCUAGGAUUUGUAUCACCACGAAUCGGAGAAAAGUUGUCCAUUGCUAUAUACAUCUUGCUUGCAAUUGCUCUUGAGCUCAUCUUCUGGCUCGUGCCUGAAUUCAUCGUGUCCGCGGUUGCGGUUGCAUUUGUGGGAUUCUUUAUGGGGACUAUCUUCCCAGGAGUUGUGAUCGUAGCGACACGAUUGCUACCGAAGAAUCUCCACGUUGCUGCUAUUGGAUUUGCGGCCGCCUUUUCUAUGGGUGGUGGUGCUGUUUUCCCUUUCAUGAUUGGCGCUAUUGCUCAGGCCAAGGGGGUGACGGUGCUGCAGCCUAUCUUGCUCGCCAUGCUGGCUGUGUCAUUGGGAAUUUGGGCAACGAUAUUCUGGCUCCCUCAACACGGGUUAUCCCAUCAAGUCUGA